GGGGCGCGCGGGCCAGGGCCCUCGGGGCGGGCGGCGGCGCGGGAACCAGCGGCUGGCAGCCGGGCGCGCGCGAGGCAUUGGAGUCAUCCGCUUGCAAGGCAAAGGUGUCUCUGCAACCAUGGAUGAUACAAGAACUUUACUUGACGUUAAAGAGUACCCCGAUACCGAGGUACAGAAAGGCCGAGUAUUGACUCUGGAAGAAUGGCAAGAAAAGUGGGCGAGCCGCAAAAUUGGAUUCCAUCAAGAGCAAGGACAUCAGCUAUUAAAGAAGCAUUUGGAUACUUUCCUUAAGGGCGAGAAUGGACUGAGAGUAUUUUUUCCUCUUUGUGGAAAAGCAGUUGAGAUGAAAUGGUUUGCAGACCUAGGACACAGUGUCGUAGGUGUGGAAAUCAGUGAACUUGGGAUACGGGAAUUUUUUACAGAGCAGAAUCUUUCUUACUCAGAAGAACCCAUCAUGGAAAUUCCUGGAGCCAAAGUUUUCAAGAGCUCUAAAGGGAACAUUUCGUUGUACUGUUGCAACCUUUUUGAUCUUCCCAGAGCCAAUAUUGGCAAAUUUGACCGGAUCUGGGACAGAGGAGCUUUAGUUGCUAUUAACCCAGGCGAUCGUGAACGGUAUGCAGAUAUAAUGCUGUCCCUAACUCGAAAAGGGUUUCAGUACCUCUUGGCUGUUCUUUCUUAUGAUCCCACUAAACACGCAGCUCAGACUACAGAAGAGAGGGAGACAUGGAUGGCCCUAAUAUAAAAGAGAAGUCUCAUGAGCUCUGGAGUAGGAGGAAGAGAGGCUGGUUGCCCUGCUUUGAAUAUAGCAUAUAUGCUUCAUCCAUGCUGGUGGGGAUGUGUUAGGUGCAUGCCUACAAAUACGCACACAGACACACCCUCAUAGGACGAUGGGUGACACGUGGAUGUGGGGCAAUAGGAGGUGUGCUGAAAUAUCUCUAAACUAUUACGGCUUUUUAAUUUCUGAAAUUUUACAAUUUAUUGCAUUCUUUAAGAAUGAUCUUUGUUUUGAACUUAUCAAAGCGUUGUUUUCUUCUGGACUCCUUUCGAUGUGCUUGAACAUUGUAAGCUUAACCUUUUCCAUGACUGAACUUUUAUUUUCAGGAAGAAGUGAAAACCAAAUAUAUAGACUUUUAUUGUAAAAUAAUCCCCUUUUUGAUUUUUAACAGAGUUUUUUUUUAAGUAUGGCGUUUUAUAAAUAAUUACAUAUGCUAGUUUUUUUCCUGUUUGAGUAAAUCAGAUCUUAAAAGCUCAUUAAAAGAUGAGACCUAGUGUCCAUAAUUAAGUCUGGAACAAUCAGAUGGAACUAGAAAUUAAUGGAGACAGACCUCAGCUCUGCUAAUCUGAUUUAAAUUCCAUUCCUGCACAGGAAGCUUAAGGCAGGGCUUGUGGGCAGAAAAUACAACAGGCUCUGCCUGGGGCUGGAAUUCAGAAUACCUCUUGAAAGGAGCAGAAGCUAAAUUUCCUUUAAAGUAAAUGGCCUGCAGCAAAGUGGGAGGGAUGUAUAGAGAGUGAGUGCAGGAGUCAUGGGAAAUCGAUACCCCAGAAGAUGAAGGAAAUGCCAAGGAAUUUGUUAAUGAACUUCAUUCUGAUUUUAAAAUUCCCAAGUUCCGAAAACUGGACAGCAACAUGCAAAAGAAUGAAACUGGACCACUUUCUUACACCAUACACAAAAAUAAAUUCAAAAUGGAUAAAAGAUCUAUAUGUGAGAACUGAAACCAUAAAAAUCCUAGAAGAGAACACAGACAGUAAAUUCUUUGACAUUGACCGUAGCAACUUCUUACUAGAUAUGCCUCCUGAGGCAGGGAAACAAAAGCAAAAAUGAACUAUUGGGACUUCAUCAAGAUAAAAAGCUUCUGCACAGCAAAGGAAACAGUCAACAAAACUAAAAGGCAACCUUUGGAAUGGGAGAAGAUAUUUGCAAAUGACAUAUCUGAUAAAGGGCUAGUAUCCAAAAUUUAUAAUUUACAAAACUGAACACCCCCAAAAUAAAUAAUCCAGUUAAAAAAUGGGCAGAAGACAUGAAUAAACAUUUUUCCAAAGAAGACAUACAGAUGAUCAACAGACACAUGAAAAGAUGUUCAACAUCACUUAUCAUUAGGGAAAUGCAAAUCAAAACCACAAUGAAAUAUCACCUCACACCUGCCAGAAUGGCUAAAAUGAACAACAUAGGAAACAACAGGCGAGGAUGUGGAGAAAAAGGAACCCUCAAGCGCUGUUGGUGGGAAUGCAAGCUGGUGCAGCCACUCUGGAAAACAGUAUGGAGGUGCCUCAAAAAGUUAAAAAUAGAACUACCCUAUGAUCCAGCAACUGUAGUACUAGGAAUGUACCCAAAGGAUACAAAAAUACUGAUUCAAAGGGAUACAUGCACCCCAAUGUUUACUGCAGCAUUGUUUACAAUAACCAAAUUAUGGAAAGAACUCAAAUCCCAUCGACUGAUAAAUGGAUAAAGAAGAUGUGGUGUGUGUAUGUCUAUACACACACACACACACACACACAUAUACAAUGGAAUAUUACUCAGCCAUAAAAAAGGGAAAUCUAGCCGUUUGCAACAAUGUUCAUGAAGCUAGAGUAUAUUAUGCUAAGCAAAAUAAGUCAGUCAGAGAAAGACAAAUACCGCAUGAUUUCACUCAUAUGUGGAAUUUAAGAAACAAAAUAGAUGAACAUAUGGGGCAAAAAAAAAGAGACAAACCAGGAAACAGACUCUUAACUGUAGAGAACACACUGAUGGUGACCAGAGGGGAGGAGGUGGGGGGUUGGGCUAAAUGGGCGAUGGGGAUUAAGGGGGCACCUGUGAUGAGCACUGGGUGUUGUAUGUAAGUGAUGAAUCACUGAGUUCUCCACCUGAAAUUAAUAUUACACUGUAUUUUAUUAACUGGAACUUAAAUACAAACUCGAGAGAGGAAAAAAGAAAUGAAAGGUCCCAAGUCCCAUGGCUGGCCCAGCCGUCUCAUCUAAGCUGGAGAUGGGCACCCAACAUUGGCAUCCCCUCAGUAAGCCAGUCUCCUUCUUUGGUAUGACACGUGCAAAAGAAGAAGCAGAGGAACCUGUCACCUCACCAAUCUGAUAAUGAUGUUGUGUAUGGAAUAACUCUACUGAAGUCCCUGGAAAUCAGCUGAGAAUUUCUCUUCAGAAUUAGAUCUAUAGAAAUUAUUCUUCACCCUGUUUCUCUUUU